AUGGCGAAAGGUGGCAGUGGUGGCGGCGGCGACGUCGAGCCAGCGACAAGCGUGGCCGGCGGCAUGUGCGACCGGUUCUUGACGUUCCUGGCCAAGAACCUGUCGGUUAGCAGGAUGAAGAGCAUCGCCGAGGGCCCAAGGAACAACGGCGCCGGCGCCGGCCACCCUCCGCCGACGAAGGGAGGAGAUGACGGUGGCGUGGAAGAAGACGAGUUCGCCAUUCCCAUCGAGAGGGCCGAGUUCGACUUCCAGUUGAGCGGCCAUGACGAUGGAGGGCACAGCAGCGUCGUCGCGACGACCAUCCUGGAAGAGAGCGCCGCGACGACGACGACGAGGGAUGUUCCUGAUGAGCAGAAGGACGGAGCUGCUGCUGCGGCCGCCGCCGCUGCCGACGGCACGGCAGCGCCAGCGGUGCCGGCGGUGGAGGAGACGAAGGUGAGGAGGACGGUGACGAUCAAGGAGGACCGUCCUGCACAGGAGGCCGGCGGCAGCGGCGGUGCCUCGUCGACGGCGACGGUGGAGAGGAAGAAGUCGCUGUUCAGGAAGCGGCAGGCGUCGUCGGUCGCGGGAGGGGAGGAGCAGGGCGGCGCCCGCGUGCCGAAGCGGAGCGGGCUCCGGCCGCGGAUGCCGCAGGUGCCGAGGGUGCCGUCCAACAUCAACGAGCGGUCCUCCACCUUCAUCGAGGAGCGCAAGAAGAGCUUCGGCGGCAAGCCGGCGCCGAAGAAGUGA